UGGCGGAAAGAUUCGGAAUUUCUGGCUCCUUACAUAAUUACAAGGAAAAAGAACCUACUUUUUCGAGGGGCAGGAUGAGUGACAAAAGAAUAGAAAUGUACUGGAAGGAGUUAUGCAGUCAGGAGAAUUCAAGUAAGACAAGAAAUAAAGCUCUCUUGGAUGACUUCGAUAGAAUAGAACAACAGUCUGCUGCUUUGGAAGCACAAACUGAGAAACUGAAACAAUUAAAAGAUAGAUAUGAAUGCUAUAUUAACAGUAUGUAUCCAAGGUGGUUAGAUGAACUUAAACGACACAAGCAAAGAUUGCAGCUUGACAGAGACAAAACAAAUUUACAGGAAUCACAACCACAUGAGGAAUUAAGGUCCAACAAUGUAAGAUUUGGCUCCCCACUUUAUACAGAGCAAAAUCAAGAAACAUUUAUGGCAUCAUCUUUGUAUGACAGUCAAGACACUACACAGCAUGCACACGAUACUUACAAUCAAACCUCAAUCCCACAUGGAACAGGGAGAGUUAAAACAUUAGACUGGGAUUCUUACCACAGGGAAUCCAGUCUGGAUUUUUAUAAUUUUGGACAGAUAUCCUCCAUGAGAACACCUCACGGUCACUUUGCACCUCGUAAUGACUACAUGAGGUUUUCUACACCAUAUAACCCUGCACACAAUGGUCCAUUUGACUCUAGAAAUGGAUUAAAUCAAUCAUUUGAUAUGAUGUAUGGGAAUACCAGGAAUUAUCACCCACGUCAUCCAUUUAUGGGGUCACCUAUUAGGCAUAAUGGGCCUGCGUCGCCAGGUAAUGGUCAUGGAAGGUCUUAUUACAAUGAAGAAACCCAUUUAAGACCAGAUAAUUCAGACAUAUCCUAUCAGCAGCCUUACACAAGUGCAGAUUAUUACAGUCAAUCUAGACAUCAACAACAUAGGCCACAACAAAAUCAUCCACAUGAUAGGUCAAGAGAUAGACGUCCACUGCAAGGAGAUCCUCCACAAGAUUGGCGUCCAUAUGAUAAUCAGUCAAGAGAUGGCCGUCCACAACAAGGAGAUCCUCCACAAGAUUGGCGUCCACAUGAUAGUCAGUCAAGAGAUGGCCGUCCACAGCUGGGAGAUCCUCCACAAGAUUGGCGUCCAUAUGAUAGUCAGUCAAGAGAUGGGCGUCCACAGCUGGGAGAUCCUCCACAAGAUUGGCGUUCAUAUGAUAGUCAGUCAAGAGAUGGGCGUCCACAACAAGGAGAUCAUUCACAAGAUUGGUAUCCACUGGAUAGACAGUCAAGAGAUGGGUAUCCACAGCAAAAAGGUCCUCCACAUGAUUGCCAUCCACAGGACAGACAGUCAAGAGGUGGGCGUCAGCAACAGGCAGAGUAUGGGUAUACAGACGAUAGACAUUUCCAGGAUCAACAUGAAGACACAUACAAAGAACCCCACAAAUUAAAUGUGUCUGAUCCACAAAAAACAGAGGUUAGAAGUCCAGCCUCAGCCCAACACUCACCGAAUGAACCACCUGAAAAGCCUCUAGAGUUGGCAAUUGAUUUAAAUUCAAAACAUGAAAAACCAGUUGAAAAUAAAAUUCAAGACAAAGAAAUUCCUAAAGAGAAAGCUUCAAUACAUAGCAGUAAUACUGAAAAACCAGAAAAAUUAGAACAAGAGGAAAUAUCUGCUUCUACAGAAUCAGGAUUGUUGUUAAGUGAUCUACAACCCAGAGUUUCACAACAAACUGCUAAACAAGAAAUGAAUUUACAAGAUAUUGAUCAAAAAUCAACCAAUAGUGAAAAACGUGAUCAGCCAAAAAAUAAAAAAGAAGAUAAUAAAAAAUCACCCAAAGGAAGUGGAAGGAUUAAACCUGAUAGCGACGAUUUAUUGGAUAUUUUAAGUGACGGAACAUUAAGUUCUGGUGAUGUAAGUGACAGUGACUUAAGUCAUAAUUAUGACAAUGCAUAUGAACCAUCCCUGGAGAUUGCAAUGGAUGGUUUAACAAAAAACUCAAAUGUUAUACAAAUUAAACAAGACAGUGCUCUACUCAACAAACCUAAUCCRGAUAUUAUUAUAAAUGAGCAAUCUUCUAAACACAUUAACACUCAAAUCACUGAAAAUCCUUCUUCAAACAAGCAGGAUGGAAAUAAGAAAAGUAAUAUUGAAGAUGUAGGUGGUGAUGUUCUUACGCCAUCUCCAUCCAAUGAGGAAGUCUCUCCAUCAGUUUCGGUCAAGGGUUCUUUAUCAUUACUACAAGUGGUUGAUGCUGAUGUUGAAGCUUCUAGCAGUCCUGAGACUUUCUAUCGUGCUCCAAGAUGUAGUCAAGAAAUGAAGGAAGACAUCAUUGAACGUGCUGAGAGUGGUAGCAGCCUUGAAAAUUAUGAUCCAAGUAACCUUAGUAUGGUGCUAUUAGAUGAGUUGCCUAAGAUAACCAGGGCUUCACCUUCUGGAGGACUGGUAACUAGUGACAACAUGGGAUUAGCCAUUACUGAACCACAGCAACUUAGAAAUGUUAUUGAGCCUACACUAACCCCACUAUGGGAUGGUUUGGUGCCCCACAUGGUUCGUUUGGUUGAAUACAAUGUCAUGGCAGUUGAUGAAGUAUCUGGUUUAUUUGCUGCAGCGCUCAUGGCACUAAACUCAGCUUACACAAACAAGUUUCAGGCGCUGUUAGCUGGUCUUAUUAGAGAUUCCAUUUCAACUAGAGCAAUCCAGAGUCCCGAGGAGGUGAUAAAUACUGGAAAAGAUUCAGAACAAAAAGUGCUAAAUGACAACCAUUCAGUGACGUCUGAAGAGAGUUCUACACUAGGAUCCACCCCACCCAUCUCAGGAAAACAAGAGAUGUUACCGAACGAAGACCCUCCUGCUUCAUUACAUUCUCUUGAACGUACACUUUCUUACGAAGAUGACUUUGAAGAAGAAGUCGACAUCCCUCUCACUGAGACAGCAGCAUACAAGAAGAUGAUGUCAGGCGGUGAUCAGCAGGGAAAAUCCAAAUCUCGGGAGGAGGACAGUGAAGGCGAUGACGAUUUGGAGCGCACCUUAGCACGAAGUAUCUCACCCCCUAUAGUAUCACCAAGACAACGCUCUCCUUCUCCAGCUAAGCCGACAGCAUCAGACAAUAGUAAAACACGUCGACAGAAACCCAAGCUUAACAUAUUUGGUGGGAACGAUAAUCUUGGGCUUUCCUAUGGUACUGAAGAUUUGGGGGAUAGCUGGGGUGGUAGUAGUGGUAGACUGUCUUCUACUGGUAAAUCUGACGUUACAGACAAGACAGUAUCACCUCCAUCAUCGCCUGACCUUGAAGGAGGGUAUAUCCCUACUGCAAUGGAGGACAGCCAGAAGAAAACCGAUACUGCACCCCCAAAACCAACCACAACCAGGAAACCAGGCUUUUGGAACAACUCGGACACUGAGUCGGAGGUCGAUCUUCAGCUAAGCACUGGCGCACUUGACGACGAUGACGACUUCGAUUUCUAUGGUUGAAUUGACUUAUUGUACAGAAUAUUAUAUUUUUCAAUAAAAUUGUGUA